UUCCACUAGUAUAUGUAUGAUUCCUAAUAACAACCUCAUAUACCUCUCUGGUUCCAAUCAGUUUCAUCGAAAAAAGAAGCACAAUCAACACAAAAAAGAAAAGGAUAUCAUCAUCAUCAUCAUGAGUCCAUCACAAUUCCGUCACCAUCACCACCACGACGACAACGAUCUUCAUCGACAACAACAACAGCAACAGAGGUUAGUUAUUAACGACGUCAAUUGUUUACGUAAAUCUGGUACUCCAUUGCCGUUAAAGAUUAAUAAAGAAUCUCACCAAAUCCAUAAAUCAUCAUCUUCGUCGUUAACAUCAUCAGCUACAUCUUCGAUUAACGGUGUGAUUAACAUGACUUCUUCGAAGAAUCAUCAUCAACAACAACAGCAGAGACAUCCUGUUAUUAUCUACACACAUUCGCCGAAAGUCAUACACACACAAGCUCGUGAUUUCAUGGCGCUUGUUCAGAAACUAACUGGAUUAUCUCAUGCCGAUCAGCAACAAAAUCAAUCCGGUGGUGGUCCGGUCGAUGAGAAACAAUCUGUGUCAUCGAAUGGGAUUAAUAAGUUUAAUAAUAAUGGGAGUAGUAAUAAUUUGAGAGGAGGAGAUGAUACGGGUUCGUCGUCUGUCGUUACCACCGAUGAGAAUUGUGGCGGUGGUGGCGGUGGAUAUGGAUCGAAUAUUCAUCAGGUUAGUUCUUCGGGGUCUAUGGAUCCGAUGAAUAAUAAUAAUAAUCCUUAUACAACUGAUAUUCCAAUUUUCACCCCAAAUUCAUUAGAGUUUCCUUAUAUAACUAGAUCUUUUUAUGGUAGAUAUCCUAGUCCUAUGAUUUUUCCUCCUACGGGUAAUUCAGCUGAAAUUACAAAACCAGAAUACUAAAAGGAAGAAAUGAAAUUUUGGUAGAAAUGAAAUUUUGGUAGAAAUUUAAACUCUUUUUUUUUUUGUAGGAAGGAAAUUCCAAUUUCCAGUUGUUGUUUCUGAAUACUACAAUUUUCACUAGGCAAUUCCCAUUUCAUAUAUUUAUUCAUCCUUAGGCAAUUUACAUCCUAUAUUCGUUUUUGUGACUCCUUUGAAUUUAUUCAUUGUAAUAAAGUUAUUUGCUGAAAUGAACUUGUGUUCUUAUAUUCUCAUACAAUUUUCUUUUA